UAGAAAAUGAAGAAGAAGAAGAGGCCUCUGACAACAAAUCGACUCCACCAUGUUUUAUUAACUAACCCAACUGGUAUUAUACGUUUAAUCGCAGACUAUAUCUUAUUUAGAGGAUAUGUUUUGUUAGUCCAGUUGGAUAACUAACCUACCUCAGUCCCAUCUUUGUCAUUCACUUACGACCAAGACUAGCCAACUGUGGCUUUGUAGCUAGCUAGCUAGCUGGAUCCCAGCAGCUAACUUCAGCUAGCGUUACUAAACACCGGUGAGAAGAUGGACUCAAGUGUCUUCACGGCCGUUUCCAAAGGAGACUCCUUACCUCUGGCCUCGCUGCGCCUCCUGGUCCCACCUUUCCAGCUCAUGGCAGCCUCCAUGUGGCAGGUUCUGAGGACACAAGAUGUCUUGAACUACUGGAAAGUGGCAGAGUUUGUCUCUUUGGUGAUGGAUAUGGUCCCAGAGCUGCUAAUGUACAAGCACAGGGCGCAACUUAAUUUGGGAUUAAGAGCCAGAUAUAUUCUUGAGUUGUGCCGAAGUGAACAGCUCGUGGAGACUGACUUCAUCUUGUCCAUCUUGAAUCAGAUUAAACUGCGACACCCAAUCCUGAACGAUAUUAAAGAAUCACAAGAGGAGGAAGUAGUGGUUAACUUUCUUGAGUUGAUCCAGACUCUGCUUAAAGAUCCCGAAGAGAGACAAGAUUUUUUCUUGGAGGUUUUCCCUGCAGAGUAUGGACCUCAGUAUGACAGCGACUUGCAGAUGCUGUUUUCUGAGUUCCUCUGUCGGCUGGCUCAGCUUUUGCCAGUUCCUGACCUCGAGCAGACAGUUUCCUGGCUUGGAGCCGAAUGCUCUGUGUUGGAGGACUGUGUGCGUUCAGUCUCGGAGCCUACUGACCUGAAUGUUUUGCUCCAGCGCCACAGACGCCUCGGCCAUUUAGAGCAGCACGUUCCACCCUCCAGCAUGGGCGACAGCAUCCUGUCCUCCCUCUCCGCAGCCCCGUCUAGCAGAGCGGCCAAAUCUAAUGAACAAUCAGACCAAUCGGAUCCACCGCAAGGCCUCUGCGAUGACGUCGCAGUCGAAAUCAUCGCAGUGACCGAUUACGCGGAGGUGGAGUUGGACGCAAGCGCCGACAUCCAGGUGGUGAUGGGAGAAAACUGCUUCGAAGGAACGGACGUCGGCCCCGAUGCCGACGAUUCGCUGGUAGUGCUUCCUGAAGAGGUCACCAUGGAAGAAGAAGUGGGGGAAGCAGGGGAAGAGGCAACGCAGGGUAAAGCUGCGAGCGGCUCGGCAGACAUCAUCCAUCCAGAAGUUAGCAAGGACGACUCGGCAUCCUCCCAAGAAAAAGUCUCCACGGGACCUCAUGACUGCCCGGACUGCGAGAAGAAAUUCAAGUUUGCCUCCUCGCUAAUCGCCCACAGGGUCAUCCACACCGGGGAACGGCCCCACCGGUGCAACGAUUGCGAUCGCUGCUUCUCGUUCAGGCAGUCCCUCGACAGGCACAGACACACUCACAGAACCGGACGCAAGUACAACUGCGUCGUCUGCAGGGAGACCUUCCACUCCUUGUCCGCCCGCACGGAGCACAAGCACUCGCACAUGGAAGACGGUGUUUACACGUGCCAUCGGUGCAACAGGAAAUUUAACUGGGAACUGGCGCUCGCAAGGCACCUAAAAUCUCACACUGAUGAUCGCAAUGCAAACAAGCCCACAGCGAGCCACGAGGAUGGGCAAGAGGCGGUCAAAGGCGAUGACAAUGUCAGCGAGGCUCCCGGUGCGCCCGCUGAACCCAACAGCCAGCAGCAGGCGGAGGAUAAUGUUGAUCAAGAUCCGGAGCACACAGAGGUUCAGAGCAGUGAGCGUGCCACCGCUGAGCCUGAAUGCACCGACCCUGAACAUGACAAAGAGGUUGUUUUCCCGGCGAAAGUUCGCACAAGCGGACGCAAGCGCACACCGACCAUGAAGAUCCAGGUGAUAAAUUUACAGAAGUGCAUGGCCACUAAACGAAGGAGGGAGAUCACCAAGGCCAACCCUCUAGAGCUGAAGCCUUUGCCUUUCAAUUGUGCAGAGCACUCUUAUGGGUCGCCCAUGAUCUCUGCAAAGGACGGUGAAGAGAGUUCUGUCGCUGAUGUUGCAUCAGCUGCUUUUUCCUGUCCUAAGUGCUCCUUCCGCCACUCAGACGACUCCCAGGUCCAGCAGCACAUUGACAAGAUCCACUCCGUUGAGACCGAGGAUGACGAGCCGUCCUCUCAGCCUCUCACGGAUGAAGAGGGCCGCUUCAGUUGCCCAGACUGUGAGAAGAGCUUCAAGUUCCAGUCCUUACUAAAAGCUCACCAGCGCAUACACACGGGCGAGCAGCCCUUUCUGUGUUCCCAGUGCGGACGGCGGUUCUCCUUCAAACAGUCGCUGGAGAGGCACAGGCAGACGCACAAAACCGGGCGCAAGUACGAGUGCCUGAUCUGCGGGGAGUUCUUCAAGUCCCUGGUGGCUCAGAGGGAGCACAAGAGCACCCACAUGGAGAACGGCGAGUACCUGUGUUCAGAGUGCGGCCGGGCAUUCGCUUGGAAGUCCGCACUAGUGAGACACCUGAAGACCCACGGCGAGGAUGCUGAGAAGGUGGGGCGUCCUUACAAGUGCCCCCGCUGUGACCUGGGCUUCAGCUGUGCCAGCUACCUCAACCGGCACCUCCAGACUCACCAGGAAGAGAGAGUGCACUCGUGCAACUGCGGGAAGAGCUUCGCCUACCGGGCGGCCCUCACCGCGCACCAGCGCAUCCACCAAAAGGAGCGGCCGCACACGUGCACCCAGUGCGGCAAGGGAUUCCUCUACAAAGGGGGUCUGCUGAGCCACAUGAAGAUCCACUCCGAAGAGAUGCCUUUCAUGUGUUCCUUCUGCGGCAAGAGCUUCAAGAGGGAACGCAACAUGAAGAAGCACGAGCGCUGCCACACCCGGGAAGACGUCUUCAGCUGCUCGCAGUGCGACAAGAGCUUCGUCUACAAGGCCACCCUGAUCCGCCACGAGCUGACUCAUUCGGGCGAGCGGCCGUAUCUCUGCUCCGACUGCGGGAAGGGCUUCUUCUCCCACGCCGAGCUCCUGAAACACGAGCGUUUCCAUACGGGCCACAAGCCCUUCCAGUGCCCCCACUGUGGCAAGAAGUUCACUCAGUCCUGCUACCUGACCAUCCACCUGCGCUACCACACGGGGGUCCGGCCGUACUCCUGCAGCGAGUGCGAAAAGAGCUUCCUCAGUGCCAACCGCCUGAAGAGACACCAGCGAACGCAUUCGGGGGAAAAACCAUACCUCUGCGUGGAAUGCGGGAAGGGAUUCAGGCAGUCGUAUAAUCUCAAAAUGCAUCAACGGACACACAUCAUGAAGAUAAAAUAGUCAAGACUAACUUAUUCUGGAGAUUUAUAUUUUGGAAAUAAAGUAUAGAUGAGUUUAGAUUGGGACUAAAUCAACUGGAUGCAAUUGAAGUGAAUUGCUUCUAGAAUAAAAACUUGCUCUAGGAAGAAGAGGUUCAUGUUGAAUGUCUUGUUACACUGAAUGCAUUUUGAUUGCAAAGGUUGUCACAAUUAAAGCACAUUGUUUUUCAGA